AAUAAAAUAUUUCUAUUGAUAAACUAAUUGAAUUUAAAUAAAAAAAUAUAUAUUGUUAUUAGUUUCAUAAAAACAUAAUAGCUUUACAUAUUUUCUAUUACUGUAUGAAAUUUGUAUGGCUCUAAUUUAUUAAAUUACCAAAAUAUUAAAGUGGUGGUUUAAAUAAUAUAUAUAUAAAAUUCAAUUUGAAUGUUUGGAACGAGCUUCACAUUAUGUUUUUCGUCUGUUCGAUUUUUGUUUUGUAUUCGAAUUUUUUAACUGUUUUGAGUUUUCAUUUAUUUUGCAAUUUGUAGAUUCUGUUUUUGAUGCUGUUGUAAUUUUAUAACUUUGCUGUAAGGGUUCAUUUAAAAGGAAAAAUGCCCGUCGAUCAAAUACAGUACUCUGAAAGAUAUACUGAUGACGUUUAUGAAUAUAGACAUGUACUCCUUCCACCUGAUGUUGCCCGUCACGUGCCCAAGUCUCACCUCAUGACAGAAACAGAAUGGAGGAACCUUGGUGUUCAGCAGAGUCCUGGCUGGCUCCACUUCAUGGUCCACAACCCUGAGCCCCAUGUUCUUCUCUUCAGGAGGCCACGAACUGAUAUUCCAACCGCUGUGAAUGGAUUGGAUAGUAAGACCAAUUCAACUGUACAAGUGUGAUUCUGGUGAUACUUAGAUAUUUAAUUGUUAUUAAUAAGUUAAUUUAAAGCAAGUUUUUUUUUUGUACCAUGAAGGUGGCAAACGAGCAUACAGCCUGUCUGAUGGUAAAGGUUUGUUCCUGACUAUACUCACUCCCAUCAAUUUGAACACAAUUGAAUGUAAUAAAUUUAAACACUUUUUCAUAGAGAUAGGUUAAAUUUUAACUAUGCAGGUAUAUUGUACCAAUUUAUUAUAGCAUGUAUGACUUGGGCAUUAAAGUAAAAAAUGGCAUUAAAACAGUAAACAAUUUGUCUGUAGCAUUCUAAGAUUAGCAGCUUAGGUUAAUUUAAAAUUUGUUUACAAAAUGUUUAAAGAUACCUAGUUAUAUGUAUGGUAUAAACAGAUAGUCAAUGGAACCUUUGCUUCCUAUAGUUAUUUUUAUAGAAUCCUAAAUAAUAUUUGAAUUAUUUGUCCAAUUGGUUGUUUAAGUUUUUCUCAGCAUUAAUGUACUGAUACACUGUUGACAAGGAAAGAAGUAUGAAGUUUCACUUUAUUUUUACAGCUGUAUAUGGCAUAAAGAAUUAAAGUUUUAUUUUUAAGCUCUCAUAUUUAGUACAUAUUCUCAUAAUGUGACUACAGUUAGUGUAACCUAGUCGAAAGAAGUGUGAGUUAAAUAAUUUUAUUUGCUUUUAUCUAAUUUAUUAUUAGCACUUGCUGAUCAUUUGUUGAGUGAAGUAUAGCUCUCUUAGGUUGUUCCCAUUUACCAAUGGUUAACUACCAAUACCUCUUAACUGAUAUAUAUAUAUAUAAAAUACUAACUUUUACCUGCACCUUGAUCCAAUAUGACUAGGAUAUGUUUGCUGACUACUAUAAAAAGUUACUUCUAUCCGUCUCCACUUACAAUAUGAGUAUGUAUAUAUCAAAUUUCAUACAAAUUGGUUAAGCUGUUACAGCAUCAAAAAAGUAACAAACAAACAUACUUUCACAUUUAUAAAAUUAGUAAUGAUUUGCUGGUACUUUUUCUAACAUACUUGUCUGCUUUUCCAUGUUACAUAGAUAAAUUAUUUUUACAUUAACAUAAUUUAUACUAUUUAAAUUAUGUUAAAAAAAGAUAUGAUAAAAUUUAUAUUAAAACCAAUUAUUGGUUUCAUCUUCUUUGAAUUAAAUUCAGAUUUAGCAUAUAUUCGGUGACAGUUGUCAAAUUUUGUCCAUGGUAUUGUAUCUACAUAUAGUGGGGAGUAUGUGGUACAUACGUAAAAUUAUAUAGUCUAGUAUUUCUAAUGCCAAAAGAACAAUGUCAGUCCUCAUAAGUGGCAGCAAUAAGGGAUGCCAUGAUAUAUGAUGAUGACCCACUUCCCAUAAGGUGCGUAAUCAAUUUGACACUCCCAUUAGUUUGUCAUAAUAUUAUUUAUUUAGUAACUUGCUCCGACAAAGUAAAAUAUUAUGUAUUGAAAAUGUAAAUACAGUGAACGCUCUAUAUAAGCAAAAUUCUUUAUAUUUUAUUUAUUGUACUCAGCUUAGUUAGUAAAAGAAAUAAGUAAAAAUAUUUUUCAAAAGCUAAGUAUUUUUAUACUCUUUUUUUCCUAAUAAUUUUUUUUUUAUUGAAAUUGGUCCAAAUGAGUUGCUUAUAUAGAGCGUUCACUGUAGUACCCUAAUAGAAAUAUUAUUAAAAUAUCUCAAACUAACUUUUACCUGCGACUUCGUCUGCGUAACUGGGAUCUGUUUAAUGACCUGGGUAAAAAGCAGUCUAUCUCUUCUAUCCUGUUUAAGAUGUGUAUAUCAAUGACUGGUUAAGUCAUUAAGGCGCGAAGAGGUAACAAACGAACACAUUUUCGGAUUUCUAAUAGGUACUAGCUGUAUCCCGCGUUUUUGCCCUCAUGAAUGAGUAUAUAAAAUACUGUAUGUUUUAUGUUGGAUGUAACCUAUUCCUUUAUGUAAUUUCCUUCAAAUCUGUUCAGUGUAUGAAAGUAUAAUAGCUAUCCAUACAUCCACCCUUUAUAAACUUUCAUUUUUAUAAUAGUAUAAGUAUUAGUAAGGAUUCGAAUAAUUGUUACUUAAUAUAUAUUUUUUUAUAUUCUAAUACAUAAAAUUCUCGUGUCGCGGUGUUUGUUACCAAACUCCUCCGAAACGGCUUUACCGAUUUUCAUGAAAUUUUGUGUGCAUAUUCGGUAGGUCUGAAAAUCGGCCAACAUCUAUUUUUUAUACCCCUCAAUGAUAAGGGUGACCCACCCCUAAAAUUUUUUUUUAUAUUUUUUUGACAAAAUUUUUAAUUGUGUUUUAAGCAUUGAAAAAUACACACAACUUUAAAUUUUCAUCGUUUUACGAUCAACCCCUGUAUUUUAAUCGCGAUUUUUAUAUUUUGCAAUAAGUGGUAAAACAACGUUUACGGGGUCAGCUAGUAUUUUAAUAAUAUUUCUACUGCAAUAUAAUUUCUUUCCUACUAAACUAGAAUAUUCAUAUAUUCGAGUUACUGGUGACUUGAUAGUGAUAGCAGUAAAUUAUCUGCUUCGAAUUCGGAGUCUGUAACUAAUCCAGUGUAAACGUGCACUUAUGCUAAAUAAGCACCUAUUUUACUGAAGUAAAAAAAUUAUAAAACUCACGACUGAAUAUUGUGCCUUUUUACAAGAUGCAUAAUAUUAAUAACGGUUGCCUCUUAGUGUGGUAAUUGUAUUGGAUUCUCUAGUUUAAAUUACCAUAAUAAAAUUAUUUUAACUCAUUUAAUUUAGUAAAUUCUUAUCGAUUUUAAAUUUUAAAUUUAGUAUGUUUUUAUGGAGAAUUUUAUUGUACUCAGAUUUGCUCUUUUUCCAAAUAUUUUGUUCUAUAACUUGCUGUUCCGGCAUAACGUCUUGUCUUCAGGUUUUUUAUAUUAACUUCCUUGUUCAUAUAAAUGUUAAACGCCUCAUAAUAAUUUUGCAUUGAAUUUCCGAUUUGAAAAAAAGUGGUAAAAUACUUCAAUAGCUAAAAUAGGCUUGUGUACAGAUGUAGUUUAAAGAACUAUUCUGCCAGUCGUCUUAUAAACACAUCUAGACAGUAAUUUGUCCCAAAUUAUGAUGUAAUCGUUCGGUACAUGCUUGAUCAACCAGUAGUCCAAUGACGUAUCAUUGGACUACUGGUUGAUCCUUACACUGUGGUGUGUGGUUUUUUUUAUUGGUAUAUAAUGGAAUAGUAACCCCACCUGCGCUAACGGGAUACGUUGGCGGGGCAC